CUACGCCCAAAAGAAUAAUCAAAAAUCUAAAAUAAACUCUCUCCACGCACACCGUCGAUUCACAAGUCUCUCAUGUAAACACAAAAAAGAAAAAAAAAACAAAUCUUUCCAUUUCACGCAAUAAACUCCGACCAUUUCAACCUAACAUUUCACCGGAAUUCUCAACGGAGCAUCACUUGAACAUGUUUCUCACCGAGAAGAAAUCAACCUUCCCGUCGUUCUCGCCGUUCCAGACCGCCGGCAAGAGGCCUCCGCCGAUCGACUACGACAGCAUCUGCACAUCCUUCGAUGAAUCAAUCCUCCGUCGUUUGAAGCCGCUCGCGAUUUCCACUGCUUCUUCUCCGGCGAUUACUUUGACGUGGCUGUCGCGCGCCGUUGAGUUCGUUUCCACCACGCACGCUGAGGCUCAGGCGUUGAUCUCGAAAAUCACGUCCGGUUCGCACGACGACGGUUCGAAAGCGAUUUAUUUGGAUUACAGCGUCAAGCUUUUGGAUAUCUGUAACGCGAUUUCUUCGGAUCUGGAGAAGUUGCGUCAUCGUCGCUUGUUGAUGAGUCUUGUUGUUCGUUUGCUUCAGGUUUCGAGCGAAUCGGAUAUUCCGGCGCCGGAGAAGCUCAAAAAAGCGAGCGAUUCAAUUACUGAGUGGAACAGCAACAAGCAAGCCGCUCCUAAACGUAGAGGCUUCGAGAAUCGCGAUCCAGAGGUGUUGAUCCGCGAUCUCGCCGCAGCGAUUGCGAAAAUCUCUCCGCCACGUGGCAAAACCACCGCCGUCGGAAAAGCUGUGCUUCGCACGAUCUACGCCGUUGGAUUAGUCACGAUAUUCGUCGCCGGAGUAGCGGUAUCGGCGCUGCACGGAGUUUCAGAGAUCGUGAACAUCCGAGUUCCGUCCGAGUUUUUGUGGGCUGACUCGGUCAACGGUCUCGAGUCGUCGAUUUUUAGAGGAGAUAGAAAAGUUGCGUUAACGGAGUUAGCUGACGUGGCAACGCGUGCGACUGUCGUGCGUGACUUAAUCGUGGCCGUUGAUUCAGGAGAGAAUAUCGAGGCGAAGAAGUUACCGUUAGCGAACGCCGUUAAGGAGUUGGAGGCGUCAACGAGUGGUUUCUCCGAGGGUCUGGACCGUUUGAGUAACGGCGUUAGUGAAAUGUUCCGUAACGUUAUGAGUACACGCAAUGUUGUGUUGGAAAAUUUUAGGGUUGGGCAAGAUGAGAAACAAAGAAAAUGAAAUGGAUACAACUGUAAUUUGCAUCAUUUUAUGUAACGGUUUAUGUUAAAGCUUAUAUAUAUAAAGAAGAAUUGGUGGUGUGUUCA